AUGCAAGGCGCAAGCCUGACCAAGGUCGAUGUUAAUGGUAUCCUCCGAUAUGGCUCAUUCGACGCUGAUGAAACUGGUCUCUCAUCAGUUACUUCUGUGCCUUCCAUUAACAAACGCUCUUUUCAAGAGAUUCAUAGCUAUCCAGAAAGUCAGAUAUCUGACGACGACAGAGCCACGAAAAGACAGGCUCUAUCUUCUGAAAGUGCUCGCCCUUCAGAUCAUGUCACGCCUAGCAGUCGCUCAUCACUAUUGUCAAACAUCCAAGUCGAAGCCCGUCCGAAUCCAGAAAUUUCUGCUUCUCUGAGAGAUGAUCGCAUACAGUCGGCACCAAAAGCUCCUACACCAAAGACGAAGAAAUUCUCAAAGGUUUCUAGAUUCACGACACAUGCUCGUCCAAGGUCGUCCAUUCCCAUACACAUGUCCUGGGAAGAAUACGGCAGACAAUGUAUUUCGGCAGCUCAUUCGUCGCGUCUCAACCCAUAUGCCCUCCAUCCAGGGGAAUACAGACUCUUGCGAAACCACAUUACACAAGCUCAAGUCACAACCUAUCUGAAUAUCCGCAAUGGCAUUCUGCGUCUUUGGGUCCGAAAUCCCUUAGUCAGCGUUUCUAAAGAGGAAGCAGCCGGGUGCGCAAAGGAUAUCCGCUUCUUUGACCUAGCUCAUACGUCGUACUGGUGGCUAGUCAGAAACGGCUAUAUCAACUUUGGCUGUGUCGAGGUGCCUCACGCAGGAGUCCUGAGCGCCAAGCGAAAAUCAAUACCGAAACAGAGGACAGUUGUUGUUGUAGGCGCUGGUAUGGCAGGCCUCAGUUGUGCGAGACAACUCGAAGGGCUGUUUGCCCAGCUCGGUGAUCAUUGGACUGAUGCUGGAGAGUUGCCUCCGAAAGUUGUGGUUUUGGAAGGUAGAAACAGAGUUGGUGGCCGUGUCUACUCACAUCCGCUUCGAGAGCAAGUACCAGAUAGCUUGCCAAAUGGUCUUCGAAAUACUGCUGAAAUGGGCGCUCAAAUUAUCACAGGCUUCAAUCACGGAAAUCCCUUGAACGCAAUUGUUCGCGGACAACUCGCCCUUCGUUACCACCUUAUGUGGGAUGAGAUUACCAUGUAUGACUCCGAUGGACUCGCAGUCAAUCACGAACGCGACAUGAUGGUGAAUAAGAUACACAACGAUCUUCUCGAGCGAGCCAGCGACUUCCGCGUCAAGCCAACGCCUGUAGAGACACUAGAAGGACUCCCGGAUUAUGUUGAUGUCUGCCAAGAUCCUGUGGAAUUCAAGACGGACAGGACCAAUGCUCCCACCCUGAACAAGGAAAGACAACAAGCUGUACCUCCUGGCUUUGCUAAGCUCCAAGGACGGACUCAAGUGGUUGCUGGCAACAGCUCGAGUCGAACAGCGGCACAAGCUGUACGGUCGGCCGGUUGGCAAUUACGACCUGGCAUAACAAAAAGACAUUCUCUUGCCCUUGAAGCCAUAGCCACCGAGUCUGACAAGCCAACCUUAGGCGCAACCAUGGAUGAAGCCGUUCGUCAGUAUCAAGAGCUUGUUGAGUUGACACCACAAGAUAUGCGUCUACUCAAUUGGCACUAUGCCGAUCUUGAAUAUGCGAACGCUGCUACAGUCUCCAACCUCAGCUUGGGUGGCCACGACCAGGACAGUGGUAACGAAUUCGAAGGCAGGCAUUCCGAAGUGGUGGGUGGAUACAUUCAAGUGCCUCGUGGUCUCAUGAUGCUGCCAUAUCCUCUCGACGUUCGCUGCGAAUCAGCCGUGGAGAAAAUCACCUACAAUGCCAACGAUGACGACGCAGACGGUUCAGCAACAGUGUUAUGUACUAACGGAGAAGUGUUCGAAGCCGAUCAAGUCAUUCUUACCUCUCCACUUGGGGUGCUCAAAGCAGAGACCAUAACAUUUGAGCCAGCUCUGCCAGCGUGGAAAAAAGGCGCCAUUGAACGAAUGGGCUUCGGACUCCUCAACAAGGUGGUCAUGGUUUUCCCACAUGCAUUCUGGGAUAGCCAAUACGACAUGUUCGGUUUCCUGAAUGACGCCGAAAACAAGGACAGUCUAAAUCCCGACGACUAUGCCGCCCGCCGCGGCCGCUUCUACAUGAUGUGGAAUUGCGAGAAGAACAGCGGUCGGCCAGUACUUAGCGCUCUCAUGUCUGGCCGAGCAGCUCACGAGGUGGAAAUCACGGACAAUGAUGUGCUGCUCCAAGAAGCUUUGGAAAAGCUCAGGCGCACAUUCGGAGCCGAGAAUGUUCCUGACCCCGUUGAAGUCAUCGUCACACGAUGGAAGAAAGAUCCUUUCGCGAGAGGCACCUAUUCUUUCGUUGGACCUGCUACUAGUCCACUGGACUACGACAUCAUGGCAGCGCCUGUAGGAAAUUUGCAUUUCGCUGGAGAAGCUACUUGUGGUACUCAUCCUGCUACCGUUCACGGCGCGUAUUUAUCAGGACUAAGAGCAGCCGCCGACGCCAUUGAUACGAUGAUCGGCCAAAUGGCGGUUCCAGAGCCUCUAGUACUGCCUCGACAGAACCUUUCAGUUGUCGAACCGGUACAACAUCUCCCGGCAGUGACACCGAACCCGCCAAUACAGUCAAAUCCCUACAGAUCGUCCACCAACAGCAAGUCUGUCGAAGACGAAGCAUACGAGGCCGCAAUCAUUGAUGCCAUCCUUUCGGAACUUGGUCCCCGCCCAAUAAAGCCAGCUAGACCCGGCGCAAGCGUUAACCCAUACCUUUUGUUCACGAACGACUCUUGGGCACGGUGCAAGGAGGAAUUGAGUCUAGCAAAACAGAAAGCAAGUGGCGACAGCACAGCCAAAGCUCUGCGUGAAGAGAUUCGUACUGAGGUUGGUCGACAAUGGCGAAUGUCAAGUGAUGAGGUCAAGCGACCAUACAUCGAGCAAACGCAAGCGGCACAGCAAGCGGUAAAAGAGACGCGUGCACAGUACGAAAAAGCAGCAGCUCAGUGGGACGAGGAUGCCCGGAGAAUUAGACUCAAAUAUCAGGAAGAGCAUCCGCCUACCAACGGGAACGAGUGGUCAGGCAGCACCAGUAUCGAGGUGGCUCCUUUAGCACCUCCUCGACGCAAGCAGACGGUCAACUACAACGAAUCCGACGGCGAGUGA